AUGGGCCCGCCCAGGCCCGCGCUCUAUCGCAACAUCGCCCCGCUCGCAUUCCGCCUCAUUUUUUUGUGUGACUCGCGCCCAGCUCGCACCCCACCACUAUUCUCCAUGAGUGGUGUUCGGGAAAGUGCAGCAGGGCUUCCAGGAACGAGCUGGACAGUUUCUCUUCCAGAGGUCCCUCUCUGGAUGGUGCGCAAAUAUCUUUUCAAGAGGCUCCCACGAAGAAGUCCUGAUGUUCGCAGUUUUGGCCGCCCAUGCCCCUCCCUCUAUCCAGAAUCGACCCGCUCGCGGUCUUCUUUCUUCUUUGUCCUCCUCUGUUUUUUUGCGACUCGCGCGCAGCUCGCACCCCACUUGCACUAUUCUCCAUGCGUGUUCCGGAAAGUGCAGCAGGGCCAGGAACGACGCCCGGGCCAGUUCCGCUUCCAAGAGGUCCCUGGCGGGCAAAUAUCUUUUCAAGAGGCUCCCACGAAGAAGUCCUGA